AUUCCAGUAUUCACAGCUUCAAGUGAUAGAAGAGCCUCUAGCUCAAGACUAAAAGUAUUAAUUAAAUUUAUUGUACAAUAAACUCCAAUUAAGUCAAAAUGGUGUUCAAGUUUGUUCCUGUUCUCGCUCUCUUGGCUGUGGCCCACGCUCGUCCAGGGCUCCAACAGAUCUACCAAGCACCAGCUCUGUUGAAAUCCCCAGCUGCCAUCAUCCAGCCAGCUCCUCUGCUUGCCCAGCCGGCAUUAUUGGCCAGAAAAGAAAUCGAGUCUUAUGACCCAAAUCCUCAGUACGCUUUCAACUACAACAUUCAGGAUGCCCUGACUGGUGACUUUAAGAGCCAGCAGGAGAGUCUGGAAAAUGGAGUUAUCAAGGGACAAUACAGCUUGCUGGAAGCUGAUGGCAGACAGAGAAUCGUUGACUACAUCGCUGAUCCUAUCAAUGGAUUUAAUGCUGAUGUUAAAUAUGCUGGUGCUGCCAAGCCUGCCCUUGCCAUUGCUCCUGCCCAGCCAGCCCUGAUCAAGACUGUCGCAGCACCAGCCCCAGCUGCCAUCAUCAAGGCUUCCCCUGCUCCAGCCAUCUACCGUGCUGCUCCAGCUUUAGCUGCUCCAGCCUUGAUCAAGGCUGCCCCAGCUUUCGCUGCACCAGCUCUGGCUGCCUAUCCUCAGGCCUACGCCUCUGCCUAUGCUCCAGCAUUGGCCCCUGCUUAUGCUCCAGCCUUGGCUCCUGCUUAUGCCCCAGCCUUGGCUCGUGCCGCCUACGCUACAUCCCUCCCCUAUGCCUCUACGCAGUAUGUUAAAUACUGAGAAAUUCUGCACUAGACCUUCAAUCUCUUCUCUGCACUUGAAUCCGUCCUUUAAACUGUACUAUACAUAUUAUCUUUGUACUAUCACUUUAUACUUCACUAUCUCUUCUUGCAAUAUAGAAAAAAUCUGUGAAAUUAA